ACAGUGUUCUGAAGUAGGUGUUUACGUGAAGUACCUGAAGGCAACAGCGCUAUUAGUUAUUUUGCGUUCCAAAAUGACGGACCCGACAAUGUCUCCUGAGGACCACUGGAAACAGACAGACGGUGCUUUCAGCGACAGUGGCUUUGACCCCAGUUUCUUUGCUGAAAAUGCCCGAAAGGGUACCGUCGUGUCCAGGGCCAAUAGCAUUGGCUCAACAAGUGCUUCUUCAGUUCCAAAUACAGACGAUGAAGACAGUGACUACAGGCACGAGACAUCAUAUAAGGACUAUAAGAAGGAUCGACGGCGACAGGCCCACACACAAGCAGAGCAAAAGCGUAGGGAUGCCAUCAAGAAAGGAUAUGAUGACCUCCAAUCAAUUGUACCGACCUGCCAGCAGCAAUCUGAAUUCGCAGUGGGAGCACAGAAGAUCAGCAAGGCCACUAUACUGCAGAAAACGAUUGACUACAUCCAUUUUCUUCAUAAAGAGAAGAAGAAGCAAGAGGAGGAUGUUUCCGUCCUGAGGAAAGAAGUGAUGGCACUUAAGAUCAUGAAAACAAACUAUGAGCACAUAGUGAAGGCCCACCAGAACAACCCCCAGCAGGGAGAGGACCAGGUGUCUGACCAGGUCAAGUUCAACAUCUUUCAGAGCAUCAUGGACUCCCUGUUCCAGUCUUUCAGUAACUCUGUUUCAAUGAGCAGCUUUCAGGAACUGUCUGCCUGUGUUUUCAGCUGGAUUGAGGAGCACUGUAAGCCACAGACGCUGCGAGAGUUUGUCGUUGGAGUGCUCCGGCAGCUCAACGGUCAGCUUUAUUGAUCGAGGGAAACCUCAGGUUAACUCCCAGAAAUUGACUUUGGGUUUACUCUGGCCUCUCAGUGUGGAGUAAAAAACAUCAAUCAGCCUCAGGCCAUGCCACAGUAUUUACACUCACUUCAACUCAUCAGUGACUCCUUGGCUGUAAUUGGAUUACCUCAUCACAUGGUAUGUUCAGAGAUGAAAGGCAGCAUUGCAUUAAGCAGUUAGGAUCAUUUGAUGAUCUCUUUUUGAUUGUAAGUGUACAUAUGCAGCUGUACAUAGAUAGCUAAGUGUCUCAGCUUCAUGUGACUGUUAUUCUUCAGGGAAAACACAAGAGUAAAGAAGUCAGUUAAAUUGACAAUUUAAUGCAACAGGCAGGCCGAAUGCUGUCAUGUGCAUCUACUUGGAUUACCAAGAGUUGCCCUUCUGCGGCAAGUCAGUAUCGUAAUCUCACUGUUGCUUCUGCUGCCCGUCUGUUUAACUAAUGGACAUAAAGAGAGCGGUGACAGAAAACUCAUAAGUCUACAUCCUCUCUUCUGUCACAUUCAGCAAAGCAUUUGUAGCCUAAUGUUGAACUAAAGGGCUCCUCUCAACCUCAGUGCACAAACAUUCAGUCACUCCUGAACCUUAGCAGCUAGUAGAAGAUAUUCCACCACUAUGCUACCACACAAUAACAAGCAUCAGCUAUACAGUGUUUCAUAACUACCGUUAUUGUGGCUGAGUAUAAGGUUUAUAUAAAUGCAGCAGUGACAAGCAGGCAAAGACGCUGGCAUCUCAAGCGUGACAUGCAGCAGUAAGAUCUCAUUAUUUUGUGUGAGCGUCGCAGUUAAAAUCCAGUCAUGCUCUGCGAUGUAGAAAAAGCAUGAACAGGCCCAGUUGAUUUAGACUUUGAAUCAAGAUGGCAAGAGGAAAAGAUCUAAGGCCCAAUCCCAAAGGCAACGUGGAUAUUGGGAUUGGGCAGACAUGACUUUGAAGUAGGGUUCAUUGUGGCAGGGAUGGCAGGAGCUUCAGUCAUAAUGAAUGCACACACUGGUUUAAAAGGAACAGUGACAUCUGUAUUUUAGAUCUAUAAGGAGUCUAGACGAGCACAUUUGAUGACCAGUGCAGUGUGAAAGGGUGACUGAAAACAUUAGCCCAGGUUGUGAUCAGAUUGUCAGCAAGGAAAGUCCAUUAAAAAUUUCAUAGGGAUAUUAUUGUAGGGUUGCAAUGCAUAAACGGCUCUUUACAAAGAUAAAAGCACAUUUGAGAGAAAUGAAUGGUGCACUGGGCUACAGAAAAGUGAGAAAUUCUCAGUUGAGUCAUUCGUUAUUUUAUGUGUAUGCCAAGAGAACAGUGCAGGUGUGGUGGUUUGGGGUCAUUUUGCUGGCAUGGUUUGGGUUCAAAUCAAUGCAAAGUUAUUCUGAGUGAUUAUUUUUUAUCCUAUGAUGAAACCUUUCUGUCUGGAUGGGGGUGAUCAUGCCCCAUCCAUAGGGCACAAGGGGUCACUGAAUGCUUUGAUGAGUUUGAAAAUGAUGGCAUUCAUAUGCUAUGGUCUUUGCGCCACAAUUGAACAUGUAUGUCAGAUUUUGGAUUGAAGUGUAAGAUAGCGCUCUCCACCACCAUCAUCAAAACACCAAAUAAAGGGAAUAUCUUUUUAUAGGAUGGUGUUUCAUACCUCCACUAGCGUUCCAGAGACUUGAAAAAUAAUGCCAAGGCACUUUGAAGCUGUUCUGGUGGCACAUGGUGGCCCAACACCUUACUCAGAAUUUUAAUUUGUUGCCCAUCUUGUAUAUAUAUUAUAUAAUAAAAAUGUUAAGUAUGUGUUUAUUUUGAUUAAAGUUUCAGAUUGUA